UCUCUCUCACCUCUCUCGCUAUCUCCCUUUUCAAUCUCGUUGACUUGCCGUUUACCAGCGUUGGUUCUACAGUUUUCACUCGUCGUCCUUCUCGUCUCCAUUGGAUCUUCUGCAAUUCUCGCUGUUUCAGGCCUCAUCGUAGUUCUGUAGUCAGAGUUUUUAGGUAUGAGAUCUUGAGAUUGAGUCGCAAUUGAGGAAAGUGUGGGAUUCAAACGCUUCAGAACACAAUACUUAUUGAGAUACACAAAGUCGUGGGAAGUGCGAAAGGUUGUCAACCCAUAACUCAUAAUGGUUGAGCUCCAUGAAAUUUUAGAAGGAUCUUCAUCUUCUUCAUCAACUCAAGCUCAAAGAUAUGACGUAUUUUUAAGUUUCAGAGGUCUCGACACUCGUAAUAGUUUCACUGCUUACCUUCAUAAAGCUCUCAUGGAUGCCAAUAUCAAUACCUUCUUGGAUGAUGAAGAGAUUGAAACCGGGGAAGAUCUGAAACCAGAAUUGGAGAGUGCCAUUAAAGCAUCUAGAGCUUCUGUUAUCAUUUUGUCUAAGAAUUAUGCUAAUUCAACGUGGUGUCUUGAUGAAUUGGUGCUGAUCCUUGAGCAACGUAAGACAUGCAACCAUAUUGUUAUCCCCAUAUUUUAUCAUGUUAAGCCCACACAUGUCAGGAAGCAAGAAAGUAGCUUUGGAGAUGCAAUGGCUAAGCAUAAACAGAUGAUGGAGGCGGAGACAAAUGCAAAUAAAAGAAGAAAAUGAGCUAAAAAAAUAGAUCGAUGGACUAAAGCACUUGUAGAAGUUGCUAAUAUAAAAGGGAUGGACCUAAAUGGCAGUUUCAGGCAAGAGAUGGAAUUUAUUGAAGAAAUUGUUACAGACAUCUACCGUAGAUUACACAUAUCCUCAAGGAGUCAUCUACCUCAACUUUUUGGGAUGGAUUAUUCUAUUAAAUUCGUCACUUCAUGGUUGAAAGAUACUUCCUCACAUACAGCAGAUGUACUCACUAUUUUGGGUAUUGGUGGGAUUGGGAAGACAUCUUUAGCCAAAUAUGUCUAUGGGUUAUAUUCUCAUGAAUUUGAUACAAACAACAUUAUUGAAGAUAUUAGUAGGAGAUGUGAAAAAACUGAUGGGUUGCUUGCUUUACAAAAACAACUCUACAAUGGCAUUUCAAAACAAAGUCCGAUUCAUGUUCAUGAUUCUUCGGUAUACACGUCCAUGAUAGAGAAUGCACUAGUCUAUAAAAAGAUGUUUCUAGUUCUUGAUGAUAUCAAUAGUCUUGACCAGUUGGAUGCAUUACUUGGAAGCAAAGGUCUUCAUCCAGGAAGCAAAAUCAUAAUCACAACAAAGGAUGCGUGGUUGACAGAGAGUUGUGUGCUAUUCAAAACGAACGUUAAACCCAAGCAUACAAAUCAUGUGCUUAAAGGCUUAUAUAAGACUGAAUCACAAAAACUUUUGUGUUAUCAUGCAUUCAUGUGCAACGAUCCCAAGGUAGGUUAUGAAGAGGUGUCAGAAAAGCUUGUGGAGUACUGUGAAGGGCAUCCGAGGGCUCUUCAACUUUUAGGCAAAAAUCUACAUAAUCGAGACGUAGCUUAUUGGGAGGGGUACAUAGAAGGGUUAAAGAAAGAAAAUGGUUCACCUAUAAAUAAUGUAUUGAGAAUGAGCUUUGAUACUUUGCCAUUCAAAAAUCAUAAGGACUUGUUUAAGCAUAUUGCUUGCUUUUUCGUUGGAAUGGAUAGAGAUGUUGCCGAAACAAUUUUGAAGGCAUGUGAUAUAGACACAAGAUCUGGGAUCACGGAUCUUAUUAACAGGUGCCUUGUUAGUAUUGGAUUGAAUAACGAAUUGAUGAUGCAUCGGCUGGUUCAAGAAAUGGGAAGGCUAGUAGUACGUGAAGAAUCGUCUGAUAAGCCAUGGGAAAGAAGUCGAUUAUGGUGUCACGAGGACUCAUUCAAAGUGAUGAAACAAAAAAAGGGUACGGAAAAUGUUCUAGGUCUUGCCCUUGACAUGAGAAUGCUUGAGAAAGAGAAGUUACAUGGAUCACUUGAGUUAAAGACAGACGCAUUGAGUAAGAUGGAUAGUCUAAUGCUGCUACAACUUAAUUAUGUGCAAAUAACUGGCUCUUACAAGAAUUUUCCAAAAGAAUUAAGAUGGUUGUGUAUGCAUGGGUUCCCAUUGAAAUCUAUACCUUCAAACUUACUGAUGGAGAAUUUGGUUGCUCUUGACAUGUCUUAUAGCAAUAUUGAAUCAUUUGGGAGUUGUUAUAGCUAUCCCCGACGACUUCAUAAGAGGCUAAAGCUAUUGACUGGAUGGUGGUCAAAAGACAAAAGGCUGCUUGGAUCAUUGAAGAUUCUUAAUUUAAGUUUCUGUGAACAACUUCAUAGUCUUGGUGGGUUUGACCACCUCCCGAAACUUGAGAGGUUAAUACUUAGAGGUUGCAUUGGUUUGCUUGAUGUUUGUGAAUCAAUUGAGCAAUGUUUCGAACUUGUUCUCAUUGACCUAAGCUACUGCAACAAGCUUGAAAAACUUCCAAGAAGUUUACACAUGCUAAAGAAAGUUAAAACUCUUUUGCUGAAUGGUUAUUAUCUAGGUGAAUCUCAAAUCAAGAUUAGGGAUAUGGAUUCAUUGGGCAUGCUCAAGGCUAACAACAUUGGCAUAAACACAAUAACCUCUUCCUCCGUCAUUCAGGAGGUUAUACCAAGGGAUUUAAAGCUUUUUGCAGUGGCUUUACCGAAAUAUUUAGUAAGCUUGUCACUCAAGAAUAAUAAUUUGUCUACCGAAUCCUUUCCCGUGGACUUCAGUUGCCUAUCCAUGUUAAAGGAAUUAUAUUUAGAUGGAAAUCCUAUCGUUUGCCUGCCUAAUUGUGUUAGAAGCCUUCCUAGGCUUGAGACACUUAGUAUGAAAGACUGUAAUAUGCUGACGACAGUUGAGCAUCCUCCACAUACACUAGCAUGUAUGAACCUCUCUUUUGAUUCUAAUAAGCCUUUGCUUCGAAGAGUUGUAUUUGAUCCAGAAAUGUCCCCACUCAUUUUCAUAAUAAACUGGAAGAUGUUAACUUCUUCGUCAUUUGAAAUUCAAGGCUUGAUCAAAAGCCAACCAAUGUCAAAUGUUUCCGAAAAGGUAUUACGAAGUUUGGGCUGGAGUAAGCUAAACUUCCUUAAUGCUAGGUUUGUGAAAACUGACGUUUUUUUUGGAGGAUCGGAGGAAUCUGAAAUCCAGAUGUAUUAUGAAUUUGGCAUAUUCAGCAUAAUUUAUGGACACGAAGAGAUGCCAGAUUGGAUUAUGGAUAGAAGCACAGGGCCAUCAACAUCAUUUACCAUCCCAUCAUCUCCUAACAACCUCACAGGAUUGAAUUUCUGCUACAUAUUGACAUCUCCAUUUCCAGAUGAGAGGUUUGGAUUCGGAGAUGAUGUGUACCUUAGGUUGCCUGUGAUCAUAAUUAAUAAUAUAACUAAGAAACACACCUGGAUAUACGAACACAACAUUGAUAGUGUACUUUAUGAGGGUGGAAAGUGUUUGAUGUUUCUAAGCCAUUGGAUGUUUGGGAUGAAUGACAUGGAAUCUGGUGACCACAUUACAGUUAGUGUGAUGGAGUUGGUAGGUGGUGCCUUCUUUAGUAGUACUGCGAGUAAGAAACCAUGUCAUUUUACAAAAGAGUGUGGGGUGAGUUUUGUGUAUGAUGAUGGAGAAGAAAAAGAAGAAGAAGAUGUGAUGGGGUAUUACAAGUCAUGGAAUCAUAUAAUUGGUGGAGAUCUCACUGGAUUUCAGUCAACAACAGGAGAAUACAUCCUAAGCAAACGGCGAAUUCUGUUGCCUUACAUUGAUAUGUAUCUUCUAAACUUUAAUCAGUUCUGUGGAGAAGGCGCCCGCUUUAAAGAUGACCAAGUGCACUUCAAAGCUUUCUCUCAAAGAAGGUCUGAUGUACAGGAGGUUGGUCCUUAAGUGCGAUUUUUUCUGGAUUUCUUGUAUGUGCAAAACAGCAAAAGACAUGUUUGCCCUUCUCAUCUUGAUAGUUGAAAAUAGCCUUAGAAUGCUUGUUCAGUCAUGUUAUGUAUAAUAUAAAUGCUGCCUCGCCUCGGUGGCAUUGUAAAUGAAUGAAGUUAAGGUCAUCUGUUACACCCGUCACUAACCACUAUAGUGGUGGAUGGCACAUCAUUACCACACUCCCCACAACUAACCAUAGGAUACCUACCGCUAAACACACAACUCCACCUCAUUUUUUUUAAUUAAAUUUAAAUAAAAAUACAUAAAAAUCAUAUAAUUUUUUUUUAAAAACUAGUUUUUCAUUAAUUUAAAAUACCAAAUUACAUUCAAUAAGAACUACAUUAAUUAAAAUAAAAAAUAAAAAUAACGUGAAAAAUAAAAAUUA